AUGUCGGAAAUUGACGAGAUUCUGACUACUACAGCUCAAAUAACAAAUAAUUCUGCUCUAAAUGAAAGUAAUCACAAUAAUGAAUCAGUACUGGAUCCAAACACAGGAAUUAAUGACCCAUAUGUUGGUGAUUCUCAGCAUGGAACAAUGGCUCUAAUUCUCCUAGGUGCUCUAUUAGGUUUUCAAUUUUUGAUUCUUUACUGGAAACAAAAGCAUUAUCGCUCUUUCCAGAUGGUUACUUUAAUUGGUUUAUGGUUGAUACCAAUGUAUAUUUUUGGAUUUCAAGCUCACUUCUGGAGAUUUAUGACAAUUUGGGCUUUAUAUUCGGGAAUUAAUUCAUUUAGUUUAAAUUAUCAUAUUUUUAUUCUUAGAUUAGUUUAUAAAUGGUUUUCUUUUGUUUACAAAGUGUCAUAUGCUGUGGGAAUUACUGGAUAUUCGAUAAUUAUGUUUACAUUUUUCGGAUUAAUCCAAUUAGUUUAUACGGGAACUGAAGUUGUAGAAAUUGGUGUUUUACUUUUAUGUUACGGAUUAUAUUUUGG